AUGGUACCGCAUGCCGCAGGGGACACUGCUAGUAAGAUCUAUCUAAGUCUAGUGCUAAAAGACUUCGGUAAAGGCGGCUACGGUAAUUACACCGUCGGCGCGGGCUUAUCUAGUUACUCGUUAGCCGAAGUUAACGAAACCCCGCGCUUAAAUAAGCGUAAACGUGUUACCGAAGAUCCCCCCGCCGGUAAAAAUAAGACCUUAAUAACGCUUAACCUUAAGGGUAUCCCCACACGCUAUAUUACGCGCCUUAGAAGGGCGCUAAUUGCGGCCGCUGAGGAGAAUAUCCUAGUAGGCAAUAAUAACGAGGAUCUUCUGGAGGAUAACUAG